AUGCGUGCCCUAUUCAACUUCUACAACAGCCAGCUACGGCCGCAAAAUGGCCAAGACAGCUUUCCCGCCAAACAGCUAUUCGUACUCGCACUAUGUCGCAUAUGCGAGCCAAUUGCCUUUAUGUCGAUCUUCCCUUACGCCUACCGAAUGAUUGAGUCGUUCGAUAUCGCCAACAACGAAAACCAAACCUCCAUGUACGCCGGUAUGCUCAUCACCGCCUUCGCCUUCGCAGAGUUCUCCACGGGUAUGCUAUGGGGUCGCAUAAGCGACAGGGUUGGCCGCAAGCCGGUUCUGAUUAUGGGAUUGGUGGGAACAGCCCUGAGCAUGAUCUCGUUUGGUUUCGCCAGAUCGCUACCCAUGGCAAUCAUCUCAAGAGCACUGGGCGGCCUGUUGAAUGGAAACGUGGGUGUGCUCCAGACGACUGUUGCAGAACUCGUGACCAAGAAGGAGCACCAGCCGCGAGCAUACUCGAUCAUGCCCUUUGUGUGGUGCCUCGGGUCCAUCAUCGGGCCUGCUAUGGGCGGAGCCCUUGCCAUGCCUUGCGAAGCAUAUCCGUGGCUCUUUCCCAAGGGCACUCUAUUCGACGCAUACCCAUUUCUCCUACCGAACCUGGUCUCCGUUGUGAUCCUUGUCUUCGGCAUCACCACUGGAUUUCUAUUCCUCGAAGAGACGCAUGCAGAGAAGAAGCACCACCGUGACGUGGGACUGGAGUGCGGCGAUCUUGUGCUGGAGAAGCUGUUCAAGAUCCACAAUAUCCGCAAUUACGAGCGGUGCGAAGUCGCCUCGCUUACCGAGAACCCCUCCACACCAGACGUGUCAGUCGCAACCGAAGAUGAUUUGGAGACCGGCUUUUCCGAAAAGACCACCAAAGUCUCCGUUUUCAACCGUCAGGUCAUCUUGAUCAUUGUGGGAUACGGCAUUCUAGCAUAUCACUCGGUCUCGUUUGACUCGCUUAUGCCAGUUUUCUUGAGCGAGGCCAAGAUGGAGACCAAACCUGUCCUGCCGUUCAAGUUCUCUGGCGGCUUUGCUCUGUCUACCAAGUCCAUUGGCUUCAUGAUGGCUGUGCAAGGCGUCUACUCGAUGAUUGCUCAGCUCUGGCUCUUUCCAUUCAUUGUCCGACGGAUCGGAACUUUGGGUGCUUUCCGCUUGGUCAUGAUGGCCUGGCCAUUCCUCUACUUUGCGGUGCCAUACCUCGUGCUCCUACCUGAGAACCUCCAAAGUACCGGCAUCUACAUCGCUCUACUCACCAAGAUGACCUUCCACACUAUCUCUUUUCCCUCGAACGCCAUCCUUCUCGCCAAUGCGGCGCCCUCGAAAUCCGUUCUCGGAACCAUCAACGGUGUCGCAGCCUCGACCGCCUGUCUCGCUCGGGCUUUCGGACCCACAGUCACAGGCGCCGUGCACGCAGCUGGACUCAAGUUUGGAUGCAACGGCCUUGCCUGGUGGGCAGCCGGUCUGAUCUGCGCCGUUGGAGCUCUGGAAAGCUUCUUCAUGGAGGAGACGGACGGCCGUCCCUCGGAAGAGCCGGAAGAGGAGGAGCCGCUGUGCGAGCCUCUCCUUCACUCGACCAACGCCGACGACGAAGAGCCUGGUGCUCGACGAGGAAGCUUGGUUUCGCUGAGCGGCCUCGAUCUGGACAAAUUCUCCGAUUCAAAAACACUGGUUGAAGUCACCACGCCCGAGGAGCCCAAGCCGGUAGUAUCAUAG